AGUUCAUUCAGAACACAGUGAUAGACAGUCAGUGCAUCAUUAGUAUUAAUGAUCCUCCGAUCAGUUAUUAACUAGUCAAGCUAAAUUCUCACUCAGCAGGAGGCCGUGGUUCAGAAGAGCAGAGAAUCAUUUUACCUGAAACAUGUCUUCAUCUGUAUCAACUACAAUGGGAGGUGUGGUGGUGGUCACCCAUGUGCACCCAACGCCUCAGAGUGCUGAACCCAAACGUCCUGUGGGCAUCCAGAAGUUCUCCAGGGGCUGGCCAAUGGCGCUUGGGACAGUUCAGAUCAUGGUUGGUCUGUUGGUUCUGCUGUUUGGGAUCAUUAUGUCGAUCCAUGCGGAUACAUUGGGAGUUUACAGCGGCAUUUUCAUCUGGGGAGCUUUGUUUUACAUCAUAGCUGGAUCUCUGACAGUGGCUGCUGGGAAAUCUCUGAACCGCUGCAUGGUGAAUGGCGCUCUGGGUGUCAGUGUCGUGGCAGCAAUUGCUUCCUGUACUGCGACUAUCCUCUACUCUCUGGAUGCAGCAGGGAUUAUUUGGUGCUUAAAUUAUGACUGCUACAUAUAUCAGAGUCGGAUGCAGAUGUUUUCAGGAGUCUUGGCUGUUUUCCAUUUGUUGGAGCUCACUGUUUCAAUCACCGUUGCAGGAUAUGGCUGCAGCGCUACUUGCAAUUGCAGUGAACAGCCACCACCUUUCGUUGUUGUAGCUGGAGAGGCUUCUGUGACUGCACAGGCUCCGCCCAUUGCCCAGGCACCACCUGUCCCACAGACGGUGAGCUACUCUAAGAACCCAGAGGAACCAAGAGCCAUCACUCUGCCUGAGCCUCCAAUUUACACCACUGAGCAACACCGCUGUUCUUGUAAACUACGAAACAUGUCUUCAUCUGUAUCUACUACAACGGGAGGUGUGGUGGUGGUCACCCAUGUGCACCCAACACCUCAGGAUGGUGAACCCCAGCGUCCUGUGGGCAUCCAGAAGUUUGUCAAAGGCCGACCAAUGAUUCUUGGGACAAUUCAGAUCAUCAUCGGCCUGAUGACUCUGCUGUUUGGGAUCGUUAUGGCGAUUAAUGCAGACACACUGGGAGUUUUCAGCGGCUUUUUCAUCUGGGGAGCUUUGAUUUACAUCAUAGCUGGAUCUCUGACAGUGGCUGCUGGGAAAUCUCUGAACCGCUGUCGGGUGAUCGCCGCUCUGGUUUUUAGUGUCAUUGCAGCAGUUGCUGGCUGUGCUGCGGUCAUCCUCUACUCUCUGGAUGCUGUUAUUUGGAUGCCAUGCUAUCACUAUAGCUAUGGUUCCAGGAGUUGCCACUCAUCACAGACUCUGAGCAAGGGGGUUUCGGGGGUCUUGGCUGUUUUCCAUUUGUUGGCGCUCAUUGUUUCAAUCACCGUCGCAGCAUUUUGCUGCAACGCCACUUGCAACUGCGGUGAACAGGAAUCAUCGUACGUUCUUGUAACUACAAAUACUUCCGUGACUUCACAGGCUCCACCCAGUGCACCUCUCUACACAGACCAACAUCUACACCCAGAGGAAUCAAGAGACCCCACUCUGGCUCCGCCUCCACCCUACACCGCUGUCGUCAACUGAAGAGUCUGUCCAAACUGACCAUCCUGUAUCAAAAUGCUCUUUUAAUGUUGACUGGAACCUAAUAUAAGAUGAGAAUCUAAA